UUGUGACUGCCUUAAGCUCCUCCCCCGUCGGCAGCGUGCUGCUUUUUUCCCUCUUCAGUCGCUGUUUCCAUUCUCUGCUGUGCGGCUGUAAUCAUGGCUGAUACUGAUGGGGUAGACGAGCGAUCUCCACUGCUAUCAGCAAAUAACUCUGGUAUUGUCACUCCUACAACGCCUCUGUAUGUCGAGGAGCCUAGUCCUCGGGGAGAGCUUCCACCUCCUUACAGUCCAGUGGCUAGUCCCGAUGUUGGAGGAGUCCCAGUAAUAAACUGUCGUGUUUGCCAUUCCCUGAUAAAUUUGGAGGGCAAGCUCCACCAGCAUGUUGUUAAAUGCACAGUUUGUAAUGAAGCCACGCCAAUCAAAAACCCUCCAGCAGGAAAGAAGUAUGUACGAUGUCCUUGCAAUUGUCUCCUUAUUUGCAAGGACACAUCACGACGCAUAGGAUGUCCAAGACCCAACUGCAGACGCAUAAUUAAUUUGGGGCCAGUGAUGUUGAUCCCAGAGGAACAGCCUGCUCAGCCUGCUGUGCCAGUCCAACCUGAAGGUACACGUGUGGUGUGUGGACAUUGUGGGAAUACCUUUCUGUGGAUGGAAGUUAGGUUCAACACACUGGCAAAAUGCCCACACUGCAAAAGAAUAUCAUCUGUUGGCAGUGCAUUGCCACGAAGGCGUUGCUGUGCGUAUGUUACUGUUGGAAUGAUAUGUGUUUUCAUUGGAGUUGGUUUAACUGUUGGAACCCAAGAAUUUGCGAGACGUUACACUGCAACAUAUGUUUCCUGGGCUUUUGCCUAUCUCCUAGGUCUAAUCUGCCUAAUUCGAGCUUGUUAUUGGGGAGCAAUAAAAGUUAGCUAUCCUGAGCACACCUUUGCAUAGACAAAUCAGUUAUCCAGUACAGAAGAUCCGAUGGUCUACAAAUCUUUAAAAAAAAAUAGGACAUUCUCAAGUUAAUGCAAAUCAACUUUAUAGACUGAUUAGGUCCAAGGAGGAUAAUGAUGUCAGAAUGUGCAUAUUGCACUAUGGUUUAAGCAAGUGUACUGUACAUGUUUUUGUUGCUGCUAUAUUGCCAUAUGCUUAAGACAAAUGUUGCAUAUAUGUUGCUUGGAAUGUAUCCCAGUUUUGUCUUGGUUAAACUAUGUAAUACAAUCCCUGUUGAAAUUUGCUUUUACUGGUAGGCAGAACAAUGGAAUGUGAUGCAAAAAAUUAACUUCACACAUACACCAAUGAAAUAUUUCUAUCCAGGCUUGAUGUUUUUAAAUUACUCCUGUGAAUCUGAACAUAUGAAAAAAAAUUGCAUAAUAGCUAAGCAAUAAACAUACAUUGCAUUUUCAAUACUUUCAUACUUUUACGUAGCUGCUUUUUAAAAAUGAAGCAUUUGAAAAUACCUACGUUAAAACUGUCAGGGUAUUAUAGUGGCAAUAGUAAAUGAUGCUUAACUUACCAGAUCAUAUUUACCUUAUUGUAUAACAAUACAUACCAUCAUUUUGAUUGAGCAAAAAUGUGUCAGGAAGAGAUUUAGUUUUUGCUAUUAUCAUUAGUACAAUUAUCUACUUUAAAAUUUAGGAAAAAAAAUCAGCUGUUGAAUGUAAUAAAAUUUGUACUAAACUAAUUAUCCAUUAACUGUUGCUUUGCUCAAUUGCAUGCAUUCUUUUAUAAAUAAGUUAAUAAAACACAUAAGCGUU